AUGGUCAUCACUAAAUCUGGAAGAAGGAUGUUUCCGUCGUUAAAAGUUAAGGUGAGUGGCUUGGAAGCGAAGAAAAAAUAUCUCAUGUUUAUUGACGUGUGUCCGUGUGAUGAUAACAGAUACAAGUACUACAAUUCCAAAUGGCAGGUGGCGGGUAAGGCGGACCCGGAAAUGCCUCGGAGGACUUACGUUCAUCCGGAUUCACCGAUGACUGGGGAACAAUGGAUGUGCAGGGUCAUCUCCUUCCACAAACUCAAACUCACCAACAACAUGUCCGAUAAGCACGGAUACAUGAUCCUGAACUCCAUGCACAAAUAUCAACCACGUUUCCACAUAAUGCAAGCUGCGGACGAUAAGAAAAAUCUCCCCAACAGUCCAGUCCUCCAUCGCAUUUUUAAAUUCCAGGAAACUGAAUUCAUCGCCGUUACGGCCUACCAGAAUGAUUGCAUCACCCAACUGAAAAUUAACAACAACCCAUUCGCCAAGGGUUUCCGAGAUACAGGCAGCUGCAAAUUGGAAAAGUGA